GCGAAAGUGUGCAAAAAAAGAAAAAUAAAAAAAUACAUAUAUGGGUUGGGUAAUGGGAGAAAAACAAGAAAUUCUAGUGUAUGUGUUCCAACAGGUUUUUGAUAUACUAAAGCAAAAGAUAUAUAAUUAUACGAGCAUUCCUCGCUUGUUUAUCAACUUCGAAUGGAAAUAAGAAAAACGGGAGAGUCCUCUUGUAACGCGAAGUUGCAAAGAACUUGUUUCCUCCGUGAGAUUGACGUAUCUAUACGUAUCGAACUACAAAAUCGCGAAGAUUUUCUCUAAACAGAAAGAAAGGAAAAAAGUAUAUCAAGUGAUAGAAGAAUGUUCGCUAGAAAUUUGAAAGGAUUAUCUUGUCUUUUCAAAUGCGUAAAGAGAAACAAUUUUGUCAUCUCGCCUAAUAAUCAUUAUCGUAACAUUUGCAACAAUAAACGUACACCAAGGAUACUUAUAACAGGUGGCCUUGGACAACUAGGUACAGAAUGUGCCAAAUUACUACGUAAGAAUUACGGAAGUGAUAAUGUAAUUCUUUCGGAUAUCAUCAAACCAACGGAGGAAAAUUUGGCUAAUGGACCAUUCAUAUUCGCAGACAUUCUUGAUUUUAAAAAUCUUCAAAAGAUCGUCGUUGAUUAUAGAAUAGAUUGGCUAAUUCAUUUCAGUGCUCUUCUUAGUGCCGUGGGAGAGCAGAAUGUUCCUUUGGCUGUGAGAGUUAACAUUGAAGGUAUGCAUAAUGUUAUUGAAUUGGCCAAACAAUAUAAAUUAAGAAUUUUCAUACCUUCAACGAUUGGUGCAUUCGGACCGGAUUCACCAAGAAAUCCAACGCCAAAUGUUACGAUUCAACGACCCCGUACCAUUUAUGGCGUUAGCAAAGUUCAUGCUGAACUUUUGGGAGAAUAUUAUUAUCACAGAUUUAAUUUAGAUUUUCGAUGUCUUAGAUUUCCAGGAGUAAUCAGUUGCGAUCCACCUGGAGGUGGUGUUACAGAUUAUGCAGUAGCUGUUUUUCACGAAGGCCUGUUAAAUGAAAAAUAUGAGUGUUACUUGGAACCUUGCACUCGAUUACCAAUGAUGUACAUCGAGGAUUGUCUUUCGGCAAUUUUUCAAUUUUUAAAUGCACCAAGUGAAAAGCUAAAAAGACGUGUAUAUAACGUUACUGCUAUGAGUUUCACACCAGAGGAACUCUUUAGUGAGAUAAUAAAACAUGUUCCAAAUUUGCAAAUUACUUAUAACCCGGACAGUCGACAACACAUUGCGGAAAAUUGGCCACAAGUUUUUGACGACAGUGAGGCACGAAAAGAUUGGGGAUGGGAAAAUAAAUACGAUCUAGACAAACUCGUAAACGCAAUGAUACGAGAUGUUACUACACACUUUUUGCCAAAAUAUCGUCUAAAGGAAGUUAACAGCUACGUAUAAUAUAUCAUAUAUUAGGCAAUAAUUCAUAUAUGAAUAAAGGAUUUUAUAAAUAAAUAAAUAAAUAAAUAAUACCUAAGUCGAAGAUGCCAUAAGCAGAUAGCUUUUGUUUUAAAGAAUUCUGAUCCAUAUGCCUAUAUGGACAACCAUGAUAUUCUCCAGGACCAAUGGAAUUACUUAUUAUUUUAUUACAACCGAGUGGUGUAUAAUUUGUUUGCUUUCCCUCUUUUCC